AUGAGUCCAACAUGGCCGUGGUUGCUGGGAGCCGGGAUCCUGGCCUCUGUCCAUUGUCAGCCUUUCCCUGCCCAGGGGGAGAAGAAUCUGGGGCACCCCCCGACCCCCCAGCCUGACGCCUCGGAACCACUGCCUGCCUACCUCAAAGUCACACCCACCAUCACCAGCUUUGCCUUGCGUUUGUACAAGCAGCUGGCGGCGGGCACCCCGGGAAACAUCCUCUUCUCCCCCGUGAGCCUCUCCAGCACCUUGGCCCUGCUUUCCCUUGGGGCCCACGCGGACACCCCAACUCAGAUCCUGGAGGGCCUGGGCUUCAACCUCACAGAGACCCCAGCUGCCGACAUCCACCGAGGCUUCCAGAGCCUCCUGCGCACCCUGGACCUGCCCAACCCCAAACUGGAGCUGAACGUGGGAAACUCCUUGUUCCUCGACAAGGCCCUCAAGCCCCAGCGGCGCUUCCUGGACAGCAGCCAGGAGCUGUACGGGGCUGUCGCCUUUUCUGCCAACUUCACGGAGCCCGCCACCACGGGGAGGCAGAUCAACGGCUUCGUGAGGAAGCAGACGUAUGGGCGGGUCUCCGACUGCCUCCAGGAGUUCGGCCGAGACACCGUCCUGGUUCUUGUGAACUUCUUCUUCUUCAAAGCGAAGUGGAAGCAUCCUUUCGAUGGCUACCAGACCCGGAAGCAGGACAGCUUCCCCGUGGACGGGAAGCCCCCGCUCCGCGUGCCCAUGAUGCAGCAGAGGGAGAUGCACAGGUUCCUCUACGACCAGGAGGUGGCGUGCACCGUCCUCCAGAUAGAGUACAGCGGCCCGGCGCUGCUGCUGCUGGUCCUCCCCGACCCUGGGAAGAUGCGGCAGGUGGAGGCCGCCAUGCGGCCCGAGACCCUGAGGAGGUGGAGCCGACCCUCACGGCCCAGUCUGUUGGAUUUGCACUUGCCAAGGUUUUCAAUUUCUGGAACCUAUAACCUGGAAGAGAUCCUUUCCCAGAUUGGCCUGAGCAACCUGUUCAGUGUGGGAAGUGACCUGUCAGGAGUCAUGGGGCAGCUCAACAAAACCAUCUCUCGGGUGUCCCACACGGUGGUGAUGGACAUGAAUGAGAAAGGGACGGAGGCGGGGGCGGCCUCCGGCCUCCUCUCCCAGCCCUUGCCUCUGAAUGUGACGUGGACACCGCGUGCCCAGUUCAACAGGCCUUUCUUGCUGCUUCUUUGGGAGGUGACCACCCAGAGUCUACUCUUUCUGGGGAAAGUGGUCAACCCUGUUGCAGGGUGA